CUCCACGGUAGGUAACUUUCGUAAUUCCUCGUAAGAAGGCUCUUUCCAGUGUAAAACACCCCAAAGUGUCUUAGACAAGUAAUGCUCAUAUACAAGUUGAACUUGAUUGAUGGUAAUUAAUAGUUUUUAAAUAGUCUUCUUCAGCCAUGAAUCAUUGGUCCUCUAAAGUACUUUUCCCUUAUGGUAGAUCAAUGCAGUUCUCGUUUACAAACCCAGGUCAACUCAGAUGUUUAAGAAUCCUACCGAGAAGCUUUUCAAGUAAACGAUUUACUUAUUCGGAAACGAAUAAUGUUGAAAUUGGAAAGACAAUCACGAUCCUUCAAGAUCGAGUACCCCUUUUACCCCAGAAAGCUCUUCCGGAUGAAGUGCUGAGUCGAAACAUUCAAUUAAACUUGUUUCCUUAUCACCUGAACCUUCCAAAAAUUGAAGGUCUUGUGAUUUACAAGUUUGUUUUCAAAACCGCCCGAGUACUUCUUGCUUCUGCAUACAGUGAUGGCAUUAAAAAGACAAUUGACAUAGAAAGCCAGGUUCAGACGCCUCUUUCGCCAAAGUCUACUCGAUUUACAAUGAAAUGUCAUUGGAUUGCGUCUCAUACGGAUGAAUACGACUGUAUUUUCCAUUUUGAUAUUAACUCGAAAGGACUGAUAUAUAGACACGUUAUAGAAAACUUAGAAAGAAAAAAAGCAGGGAAUAUUGCAAGAAUUCCAGCUUUAGAACCAGGUUCUUUUGAUUAGGAUCGGACGACAACUUAAUUCUUUUGUUUUUUAACGAAGACCUUUCAUCAGUCUAUUUUCCGGAACACCUUCUAGCAUUUCUAAAAUGUGACUCCCAAAUAAUCCUUCUUGAUACAAUACUUGAUCAUUAUGGACCGUUUGAGAUUCCGAUCCCCAGAUUUUAUAAAACUUAACCGUUUGGUCGGUAUUAGCUACAACAAUGAACUCUCCUUCUUCCCAAUCAUUUUUUGAACGUUUACGGUGAGUGUGAGUGGCCAUAAUGGUCCUAAGAUCUUGAUGGAAUUCCUCAGCAGAACAGAAGGGUACUUGAAACACUCGCGUUAACUGCGGCCACCGGCAAACAACUACGGAUGCGAUAUUUCCUUCGUAUGCAUAUCCAAGGCUGAAACAAAAUUCUUUGUAUCUUCGAGACCAAAUGAUGGACGUGAUUUGGGCUCCACAAAAGAGUUUAGAAAUUAAAUGUCCUCGAAAGGUAUCAUAGAAAUAAAUAUGCUGAUCGUUUGAGCCAGUCCCUAUUGCCAAAAUUGAUUUUUGCCAGGGGCAAAAGGCAACAGCUUUAACUGCCGCUGAAUGACUCCAGAAGUAUUUUGGUGCAUCUAGCGUGUCCAUGUCAAAAACGCACACCAAGUUAUCAUUUCCCCCGCUAGCGAAUUGAGUUCCAUCGUAAUUCCAUUCAAGUCCACAAACUUGCUCUUGGUGCACGUGCUUAAUCGUGUAAAGCCGACACAUCAUACUUUUUGUUUUGUGAUAUACAUAUAUACUGCCCAUGCUUCCACCAACCAGUAGAGUUGAACUAGUAGGGCUCCAAGCCAUGCAGCUUAUAUCACCCUCAUGCUGAAAGCAAUAUUCAUGUGUUUCAGUUAAAUAUUGCCGAUCCCAGAUUUCGACGGACCCGUUAACUCGAGCAAUUGCAAGAUAAUUUCCGUCUGCAGAAUAGGCUAAGCUGCUUACUACAUAAUCCGUAUGCCGCAUUUCUAGAAUAGUUGUUCCAUACGACUCAUCCCAGAGGUACACAUGUUGUCUCAGUGCGACAGCCAAUUCACCGUGGUUUGACCAGGCCAAGGGCGAAAUGUAGAAAUCGUCAAGCAAACCAGGUGCUUCCAAGAUACGAAUAGGAGAUUCAUGGAUUGCACCUUGAUAUGGCUGUGUUAGCGAUCGAAUACUUCGUUCCUGGAAAUGAUCUAACUGAUCCUGUGUGGUCGGGACCUGUAGAAGUUGUCUCGCAGAAAAGUCAUUAAGCAAUUUCGGAGUGCGGUUUUCUCUUUUGUGUAAGAAUUUAUAAUUUAAUAUCCCGUUGAGGUUUAAGUUUAACAUCUUUGGCAAGACGUCCUCCUUAUGUUUAUAUUUUCUUCCAUGCUGUGAAUUAUCAAGAAUCCGAAAUGCUUCUGGAUUGGCAUGAGAAGGUAUAAAUCUAUCUAAACAUUUUCUUAUACUAAAAUUGGUUUGAUUGGAAGUUUUAGGCUUGCUUUCUUUUCGGGUUUUCACGCGUGUUUUGUUUAAAGUCGUGUUUCUUCUUAUUUUCGUUAUUCUCCAUAGUCUUCCAGGAGAUUUUAACGUUUGUUUUUUUCUAUUUUCCAUAAGGUUUUAUUUUAUUUGAAAAAAUUCUGUUUCUAUGAAACUGUGGAUCUUGGGUUGUGUUGUGCUUACGGUAGAUUUGCAAGGACGCGUAUAUAUACUAUUCGAGUACAUAACAGAUUCCGUGUUACGCGUUGACUUCAAGAUUUAUCUUCCAAUUAUUUAAAAAUUUAAGCGUUUUUGUUAUGAUACAGCUGAAGGUGCAUUGAAGUAUGUCUUUUCAAUGACCUAACUUAGUUCCUUCAAGAUUCAGAAACGAGUACUUCCCAAGAAGGUCACAAGGGUUUUAAAUGCCUACAUUUAUUUCAAUUGUAUAUCUCUUUAGUGAUAUUAAGCGUGUACCGAAUUGGUGGAAUGAAUAUCCAAAACUAUGCAAGGAAGGGAUUUCUGAUUACUGCAUUACUUACUAGAUUUUCUUGCAAGGUUUGGCAGUACUUAUAGAAGUCAACAUGAUAGAGAUAUGGAACGAAUCGCUGUACGUUAAUAUUAAUUUUAACGGAUCAAUUUCCUGACACAGGUAUAGUACAGUGGUUUCGUUUAUUGACAUGUCUUUACUCUAGAUUACUUAGAAAGUUAAUGAGAAAAGAGAAAUAGUAGGACCAUCCAUGUUGCAUAAACCAUUCAAGAUUAUCCUGGAUGAAUGAAUUGCAGAAUCUUUGUAUGCUGCCUUCACCAGCACUCAUGUUAUAGAAAAUAACUGCUUUCGUACGUUUAUAUAUUGUUUAACUAUCGUAAGAGAGUCCCAUGUUGAGGUUUUCUCAUUCAUCAUUCUACAACUUUGAAGAGAACCUACUAAUACAUAUGUAUGCAAGCAAGUAAAUGAAUUUUAAGACAGAAAAAUCUGAAGUUUAACAAAAUAUAAUUUCUUUGU